ACCCCAUUAACCCAAAAAAGGGAAAAAAAACACAAAUCACAAGAGUUUUUUUAAAGUUUUGUUCUAAAAUGGAAGGCAGGGAAGAAGAUGUUAGAUUGGGAGCCAACAGGUUUUCAGAGAGGCAACCUAUUGGAACAGCAGCUCAAAGCCAAGAUGAAGGGAAGGACUAUACUGAGCCACCACCGGCUCCAUUUUUCGAGCUACGCGAGUUGUGCUCUUGGUCCUUUUAUAGAGCUGGGAUUGCUGAGUUCAUGGCCACUUUCCUUUUCUUAUAUAUCACCAUUUUGACUGUUAUGGGUGUUGUCAAGGAAAACACCAAGUGCCGUACUGUUGGGAUUCAAGGCAUAGCUUGGGCUUUUGGUGGCAUGAUCUUUGCUCUUGUUUAUUGCACUGCUGGAAUAUCUGGUGGUCAUAUAAACCCGGCGGUGACAUUUGGGUUGUUUUUGGCGAGGAAACUGUCGUUUGCUAGGGCGGUUUUCUACAUGGCGAUGCAGUGCUUGGGAGCCAUAUGUGGUGCGGGUGUGGUUAAAGGGUUCAUGGGGAAGACAAGGUACGGUCUUUUGGGUGGUGGAGCCAACGCUGUGAACCCUGGCUAUACUAAAGGAGCUGGGCUUGGUGCUGAGAUCGUUGGUACUUUCGUGCUUGUUUAUACUGUCUUCUCAGCCACUGAUGCCAAACGUAGUGCUCGAGACUCCCAUGUCCCUAUUUUGGCACCAUUACCAAUAGGGUUCGCAGUGUUCUUGGUGCACUUAGCCACUAUCCCAGUCACUGGAACCGGCAUUAACCCAGCUCGUAGUCUUGCUGCAGCCAUCAUCUUCAACAAGGACAAGGGUUGGGAUGACCACUGGAUAUUCUGGGUGGGUCCAUUCAUUGGGGCACUACUGGCAGCACUUUACCACCAAGUUGUAAUCAGAGCCAUUCCUUUCAAAUCAAAGUGAGGAGAUCAAAGUGAUGAUUGUGAUCUUAAAAGAUAAACUCAAAAGUGUAAUAUGCUUCAAUUUCAAUGGAAGCCUUGUUUGCUUGUUUGCAAAGUGGGCAUUUAUAUCAAUGUCUAAAUUAUGAUAUUGUCUUUGACCUCA